CGACAACCUAGACGCAGUACUCCAGCACCACAUCACUCGGAGACGCGACGGCAACUUGCCGCGACGAUACUAACCAUGGCAGCCUCCGACGAUCUCAUCAACUUCGACGUUAUCGAAGCACAGAAAGAAAACAUCCAGGCGCUGCCCAGUGGUCGCUCCGCCAAAAAGCUGGCCCAGCUGUUUUCGCCCUCGCCUCUGCACAAGCUGAACACCCCGACACCCUCAGACACAAAGAAUGUCAACGAUUGCAUUCGGGUCGAGUACGAGGAGGAACUCCAGAACAUCUCCGAGUCGGACGACCCUCUAGACAUUUACGACCGUUAUGUGCGAUGGACCCUGGACGCAUACCCCUCAGCACAAGCAACACCGCAAUCUCAGCUUCACACGCUCCUCGAGCGCGCAACUAAGACCUUCAUUGGUUCGUCACAAUACAAGAACGAUCCCAGAUACCUCAAGAUCUGGGUUCUGUACAUCCAAUUCUUCGCCGACUCGCCGCGAGAAACCUUCCUCUUCCUGUCACGACACAGCAUCGGAGACUCACUUGCCCUUUUCUACGAAGAAUAUGCCGCCUGGCUCGAGGGCGCUGGCAGAUGGAGCCAAGCAGAGGAGGUGUACAAGCUCGGCAUCGAGCGCGAGGCAAGACCAGUACAGCGUCUGAUUCGCAAGUUCAAGGAGUUCGAGGAGAGACUUGCCCACCAGCCCGAGGCCGACAAGGAGCCCUCAUCGCCAGCACUUCCCACCGUGCGGCCCGCUUUGGCUGCAAAGAUUGACCCCUUUGCUGCUGCCCGCGCUGCGGCCGCUGUCGCUGCAGACCCCCAGGCCCCUCGACCCAGCCAGGGCGUGAGCACAACGGCUGCGAAGCCUGGCAAGGCUAAGAUGUCCAUCUUCUCAGAUGCCGACUCCGCGCCUCCUGCGUUGUCGUCGCGUGGACCUAGCUCGAAGGGAUGGGAUUCGAUCGGCUCCCUGGGCGACCGGAAGAAGGAGAACGUGAUGGAGCCCAAGCCGUGGGCAGGGGAGACAUUGAAGGCUGGCGGGAAGAAGAGCACUGCUCCGAAGAUGGCUAUCUUCAAGGAUACGUCCCAUAUUACACUCGUGCCAUCGAAGAAUCAAACAGUAGUGAACCCCGUAAGCGGGAAGAAAGAGCGUAUCUUUGUUAGCCUCGAGGCCCUCUAUCCCACUCCCGAGGAACCUGGCUCGGAGCUUGGUUUUGAGGAAGUUUGGGCCAUGAACCGAGGCUGGCUGGAUGUCUCCUGGGAUGACGUAUCACUAACUGAAGAGAUCCCUUCCGAGAUGAUGAGCGUUGAGCCUUCCUUGGUUGACGAUCUCAGCCACCUAGUACAGGAAAAAAUGGUUGUUCACACAGAAACCGUAGUAAUGGAUGAGAAUGGAGCCAUAGUCAAGAAAAAGGGGGGCAAGAGCAAGAAAAAGAAGAUGAUGGAGGUCAACGAGACUCAAAUCAUUAAAGCAAAUCUAGACUCACCGUCGAGGCCGAAGUUGAAGAAGAGGAACACGGCUGAGCCAACGAUGACGCUCCAUACUCGUGCUGCUACGGAUGAGAUCUACGAGAUUUUCAAUCAACCCAUUCAAUCUAAUCCUCUGGAUGAUGAAGAAGAGGAGGAAGAAGACGAAGAGGAAGAUAGUGACGAGGACGACGACUACGAGACAGAUGGCGACUACACUGAGGUUGAGAACACCAUGACUACUCGCCUGAUCGAAAACGAUGCCGCCGCCGAAGAAGCUGACGAAGAUGGCUCGGAUGUCAAGAGUAUCAGUGAAUGGUCCGACUUCUCCACGCGCAAGCACGUCCCUGUUCUCGACGAGGACGCGACCCAACCCGGUGUAGACGAUACACAAGCUUCCGACUUGAUGGAUCCAAACUACGCUGAGCGCACUGGUCCUCUACCAGAUGAGCAGACUGUCUCCCAGGAUGGCAGAGAAUCGGGCGAUGAGCAGGAGGCCGAAGAAGAAGAAGAAGGUGAUGAGGAUUACCCGCCAAGAACGAAGACGAUUUUCGUUCCGAUACCUCCAGAGGAUUAUGAGCCCAGGACACGACCGUUUAGGGAUCCGGUCGAGAUGGCCAAUAACCGUCUCCCCUUCAUGACCCCGAUUACGGAGAGAACCGAAUCUUCUCUUGCGUUUACAGAACGGAAGGCGAGGUACGAGACUCCGUCUCGUGAGGAAUAUGAGUCCACUAUCCAUGAGGAGGACUCUGACAUGGGAGAGCCGGGUAGCAGCCCACUGAGGGAAGUCCUGAGUGAAGUUCGACCUAUCAAGAUUGCCCAGCCCCUUCUCGGCAAAGCAAAGUCUGCUCCGCCAAAGCCAGCACCUCCCAAGGGACCGAUCAUCAAGGAGUUGCAAUGCAACCCAGUUGAUGAAGCCGUGAGGAAUGAGAUCCUCGCCAAUAUGCAUUCUUCUCUCGACUCAUACCCUGGAUUCUACGACCAUAGCCACGAGAAGUACGAAAAAGGCAAUGAGAUCCGCAAAUUCGCUAAGGCCAUGACGAAGGCAGCCAAGGGUGGAGACAGAGUUAGCAAUGCUUGUGCCAUGGUCACAAUCGAGUUCCCCGACAUUGCGACAGAAUAUACCAUCAGGAAAGAGCUCGGUGCAGGCGCUUUUGCCCCGGUAUAUUUGGUUGAGAACCCGGACGCAGACCAAGAAGACGAGGACGAGAACGGGGUCGUGGCCAUGGGUAAGGGCGCAUUUGCUGUCAACCAUCGCAGCCCUCUGGAAGCACUCAAGAUGGAACUUCCUCCGACACCCUGGGAGUUCCACAUGAUGCGUCUUGCACACACGCGCUUAGGCCCUCAGCACCGCGCAGCCGCCUCUGUUUCUUACGCCCAUGAGUUCCACCUCUACCAGGACGAGGGCUUCCUCUUCCUUCCCUAUCACCCCCACGGCAGCGUCCUCGAUGUCGUCAACUUCUUCCGCGCCGAGCCGUCUGCCGUCAUGGAUGAGCAGCUAGCCAUGUUCUUCACCAUUGAACUGUUCCGCACCGUCGAGGCCCUACAUGCCCGCGGCCCCCUAUCAACGCAAUAUAGCGCUGCCGGCGCAGGCGGCUGGGACGCGCGGGGCGUGACCCUCAUUGAUUUCGGUCGCGGCAUCGACAUGCGCAACUUUGCGCCCGACGUGGGCUUCAUCGCGGACUGGAAGACAAGCGCGCAAGACUGCGCCGAGAUGCGCGAGGGUCGGCCGUGGACGUGGCAGAUUGACUACCACGGCCUCGCGGGCAUUGUCCACUGCCUGCUGUUUGGCAAGUACAUUGACACGGUUCGCUGUGACCAGGGCGGGAUCGGGGCAGGCGGACGCAAGUACCGCGUUCGCGAGAGCCUCAAGCGGUACUGGCAGACGGAGAUCUGGUCGGAGUGUUUCGAUUUGUUGCUUAACCCUGGGUCGUUUGUCGCCGCGGAGGAGGGCGCCCGCAUGCCAGUCCUCAAGAGCAUGCGUAGCGUCAGGGAGAAGAUGGAGGCUUGGUUGGAGGGUAACUGCGAGAGAGGUGUUGGGUUGAAGAGUCUUGUCGGUAAGGUCGAGGCUUUUGCCAAAGGCAGGAGAUGA